CAGGCGCCCGCGGUCGGGGACGCUCCUUCCUUCCUUCCUUCCCUUCCUCGGAACGGAGCGGCCGUUGCGGCGGCGGAGGCGGGAAAAGGCCCCGGACCAGGCCCCGCCCUCCUCCCUUCCCGCCUUCCUCCGCGGAGGGGCGCAGGGAGGCCCGGCCCAAGGAUGAAGGCCCCUGGCCCUCGGCCCUUGCCUUAGGAUGGCGCCUGGCGGCGGGAGGCUUCGGCGGAGGAGGAGGAGCCCCUUGAGCCGGACGGAGCCCAGGACUACGGAGGCGGCAGUGGCGCCGGCAUCGGCGGCGGAGGCGUUGGCGCUGGCGGAGGCGGCCGCCUGCCUCGUAUAGCGAUAGCUUUCCUCUGCUGCGCAGGAGGCCACCAGUAUUUAAGCUUUGUAACGCUAUUUAUUGCGCCGCUUCUGUACCUCACUCUAUUGUUUACAUAUCACUGGAGCCAGGGAGCGCCAUGGAAGCGACAACGGCGGCGAUGGCGGGCCUCGUUGGCGCGGAGGGGAGCGCGGCCCCCGGGGGCCCCUUGGUGGCCUUCCUCUGGAUGCUGGUGCUGGGCUUCGUCAUCGCCUUCGUCCUGGCCUUCUCGGUGGGCGCCAACGACGUGGCCAACUCCUUCGGCACGGCCGUGGGCUCCGGCGUAGUCACCCUGCGGCAGGCCUGCGUCCUGGCCUCCGUCUUCGAGACGGUGGGCUCCGUCCUGCUGGGCGCCAAAGUGAGCGAGACCAUCCGCAAGGGCCUCAUCGACGUGGAGAUGUACAACUCCACCCAGGAGCUGCUCAUGGCCGGCUCCAUCAGCGCCAUGUUUGGGUCCGCCGUGUGGCAGCUUGCGGCUUCGUUUUUGAAGCUUCCCAUUUCUGGUACGCACUGCAUUGUCGGGGCAACAAUUGGCUUCUCCUUGGUCGCCAAAGGACAGGAAGGAGUCAAGUGGUCAGAGCUGCUGAAAGUUGUGUUGUCCUGGUUCAUCUCUCCCCUUCUGUCUGGCAUCAUGUCUGCUGCCCUGUUCUUCCUUGUCCGCACAUUCAUUCUUUCCAAGGUAGAUCCUGUGCCUAAUGGGUUGCGCGCAUUGCCCAUCUUCUAUGCCUGUACAAUUGGUAUCAACCUCUUCUCUAUCAUGUACAGCGGCGCACCUUUGCUGGGCUUUGACAAACUUCCCCUCUGGGGCAUCGUCCUCAUUUCAGCGGGGAGUGCGGUUGUCUGUGCUCUUGUCGUCUGGUUCUUUGUCUGUCCGAGAAUGAAGAAGAAAAUUGAAAAAGAAAUCAAAUCGAGUCCUUCUGAGAGCCCCUUGAUGACGAAAAAGAGUAGUCUGAAAGAACCGGAGGAAAUGAAGGUGACUGCAAACACUAGACUGGACAUUGAGGAGCAGAGCCCCACAGUUGAAGUAUCUUCUGUGCCUCACAGAGCAGUAGCUGUUGAGGAAAGGGUGGUCUCCUUCAAUCUGGGAGACUUGGAAGAGAUUCCAGAACGUGAGAAACUUCCCCGGAUGGACAUGAAGGAGACCAGCCUGGAUAGCAGAGCUGUGCAGUUCCCCAAUGGGAACCUCGUUCAGUUCAACCAGGCGGUCAGCAACCAGAUGAGCUCUUCUGGGCAUUACCACACUGUUCACAAGGACUCCGGCCUCUACAAGGAACUGCUUCACAAGCUGCACCUGGCCAAGGUGGGGGACUGCAUGGGAGACUCUGGAGACAAGCCUCUGCGGCGCAACAACAGCUACACUUCAUACACGAUGGCCAUCUGCGGGAUGCCCCUGGACGCCUUCCGCCCAAAAGAGCCCGAACCCAAGGCUGGGGAGGAGGUGGAGAGGCUGGGCUGGGCUGGGGCAGAUUCCAAGAAAAGGAUCCGGAUGGACAGCUACACUAGUUACUGCAACGCUGUGGCAGACGCCCACCCAGUGGAUGUGGACCUGCGGAAGGCAGAAAUGGGGGUCAGCAACCGGAAGGGCAGCAGCUCCUCUCUGGAUGAGUGGCAUGACCAAGACAAGCCUGAAGUAUCCCUCCUCUUCCAGUUCUUGCAGAUCUUGACGGCCUGUUUUGGGUCCUUUGCCCAUGGAGGCAAUGAUGUGAGCAAUGCAAUUGGCCCCUUGGUUGCUCUCUAUCUGGUCUAUCAAACGGGCGACGUGUCUUCGAAGGCAGCCACUCCCAUUUGGCUGCUGCUAUAUGGCGGGGUCGGGAUCUGCACUGGCUUGUGGAUCUGGGGCAGAAGAGUCAUCCAGACAAUGGGGAAGGAUCUGACUCCUAUCACACCAUCGAGCGGCUUCAGCAUUGAACUAGCAUCUGCUUUAACUGUGGUCAUCGCCUCCAAUGUUGGCUUGCCCAUCAGCACAACUCACUGCAAAGUGGGCUCUGUUGUCUCUGUGGGCUGGCUGCGAUCCAAGAAGGCAGUGGAUUGGCGCCUCUUCCGCAACAUCUUCAUGGCCUGGUUUGUCACGGUCCCCAUUUCAGGCUUCAUCAGUGCGGCCAUCAUGGCACUGCUCAAGUACCCCAUCCUAGGAGCCUGAGGCGCAGCGGGUGCGCUGGGUCCCUGUGGCUUUGCUGGGCCUGCCUGCAUACCCUCCUUGCCGCGUGGCUGAGACAGUGUUAAGUGACUCCACCGAGUCGAGGUUGAAGGGCAGGGGGCCUUCUCAUGCCGUGCCUGCUUCUAUGUGUAAUCUCUUUCUCUUGAGGAACGGGAGAAGCCCCUCUUCUCCUGGGCUGUGAAUUAUUGUGUUGACAUUUCUAUACUGUUUUUGUAUUGAGCUUUAAAUUCAUUAUUAAUGUUGUCAGGCGUAUCAUUUGUGUUCUCUGAGCUGAAACUUAAAACCUCUCAAACACAAUGCGGAGGGCGCAGUCUAGCAGAAUUGUGUAGGUUGAGGGGCCACUUUUAUAAAAUAAAAUCUUUUUAAGUAAA